GUGCAAUAGUGCUACGUCUUGCCAAAUCAUGGUUCCGUAUAGGAUCCUUGGAAAUCUUAGCUCAUUCUGGGGAGCUGGACUUACAAAGAAGAUUGCUAGACUUUAUCAUCCAGGAACAUUUUCCAUUAAUAGCCAUGAAUGAUUCAAAUAGAUAUCUGGAAUUUUUCUCUACAGUCGUAUCAGAGACUGCAAACCUGAUUGCGCUGUGGAUGUCUGUGGGGUUUGCACAUGGUGUGUGCAACACAGAUAACUUCAGUUUAUUAUCCAUAACAAUAGAUUAUGGUCCGUUUGGAUUUAUGGACUCCUAUGACCCAAAUUUUGUACCAAACACAUCUGAUGAUGAAAGGAGGUAUAAAAUAGGAAACCAGGCAAAUGUUGGGCUGUUUAAUCUGAGCAAGCUGUUACAAGCUCUAAAACCUUUAUUGGAUCCCAAGCAAAAGCAGCUAGCUUCCCAGAUUUUGGAGGGAUAUGGUGAGCGCUAUUACAUCCGUUUCACAGAACUAUUCAAAGCAAAAUUGGGUCUUCUUGGAGAGAAUGAGGAUGAUAACUAUUUGAUUGCUUUCCUCCUAAAACUUAUGGAAGAUACAAAGGCUGAUUUUACAAUGACAUUUCGACAGCUCAGUGAAAUUACUGAAGACCAGUUAAAGCAGCUCCAUAUUCCUGAGGAGUUCUGGGCUCUCCAGGAUCUGAGUAAACACAAGUUGUUUUCAGAAUGGGUUACUAUGUACCUCUUGAGAUUAAAUCGUAACAAGGGUGAUUCAGACGGCAAGAGAAGAACACGAAUGACAACUGUUAAUCCUAGAUACAUUCUGAGGAAUUGGAUGGCAGAAUCAGCAGUGCAAAAAGCUAAUUUGAAUGAUUUCUCAGAGGUUCGUCUUCUACAGCAGAUUUUACAACAUCCCUUCCAGAGGCAGCAGGCUGCAGAGAGAGCGGGCUACUCCCUGCGGCCCCCAGCUUGGGCCAAGGACCUCAAAGUCAGCUGCUCAUCCUGAACUCAUCCUGCUCAUCCUGAACUCAUCCUGCUCAUCCUGCUGCAACUUGAACAAGCCAGAAAAAUCAUCCAUGUCAAAGCUCAGGCCUUCAAAUGGGAUUAAUGGAUCAAGCUCCAGGAACUUCUCUCCCUUACACUUGGUUGACUGGAAUCUGCUACUCUGCAAGGCAAGACAAGGUCUUGGACCAACUUUAUAAAGUCUAAAGAUUAGAGAAAUGGACCGCUAUCUAUGGUUUCAUUGGCAAAUUAUAUUGGUGUUUAUAACUCUGCCCUUCAUAUUCAACUGUGCAUUAAUUUGAGUCCCAAUAUGUAAGUUCUGCCAAACUAUCAUAACUUCUCAGAAUUCAUGGCUGAUCAGGUGGGUCUCAGUAAGUUUUAAUGGCUGGUCAAUUUAAAAUCCAUCUAAGAUAAUUUUAAUCAUAAAGUAUUUUGAUGAAUGUUCUUGCUGUUACUCACUGUUCAAAUGUAAUUGUAUUCUGAAGAUAUAAAUGUUACUAAGUCUUUUGCAGAGCUGGAA